AUGUAAAAAAUCAAAAAGGUACUUAACUUUGUUAAUCAUAGAGUAAAUAUCGAUUGAAAGAUGUGAUUGAAGGAAAGACUAGUAAUGAUGAAAAAUCUGCUUAAAAAUUUGUUUAGCUUUCACACAUUAAAAAAAAUGUUGAAGAAUUUAACGAAUUGAAAUCAACAUUACAUGAUCGUAAAGUGACAUUUGCUAAAUUUGCAUUUCGAUAAUAAGAAUUAAUUGAUGAUAAGAAACUUGGUCCAGUUUUAAAAGGUAUAUGCACAAGAACACGAAUAGGAUCUAUGUAAAUAACUGAGUUAAUUCCAAAGUUUGAUCUAUAUAGAUAUCUAAAAUAAGCUCAGUAAUGAUAUAAUCUUAAAAAAGUUUAGAACCUUCAAAAAGAGUUUUAAGAAGAUAUGCUCAUUGGGAAUGGGAUUAAGAAUAGGAAGAAAAAAAGGAAGUUCCUCCUUCUUAUAAGUUUACAUCAAAAACAGAGUUUGAAUAUAAGAAGAAAUUGGAAAUAAAAGAUGCUGAAAAGAAAUUAAGAAAAGAUAUUAUAAAAAAAUGGGCUUCUAGUUUACCAGAUGUAGCAGGAUUGACUGCAUUUGGAAAAUAAUUUACAAUGUAAUCAUCUCCAUUAAGGAGUACAAAAACAACUUUUUCUAAAACACACACUUAUUUUAGUCCAAAUCCUCGGAGUGAAUCAUUAUAAUUUGUUUCAGGUUUAAUUCAUGAAUUAGAUGAAAUAAAAUAAGAUAAUUUAAAAAUUCGAAAGUAAUAUUGAAGAUUAAUUAAUAGAAAAUUAAAAGGAACACAGUUAACAUUAUAAAAAAUAAUAGAAAAGCAAUAAUAAUAAAAGAUAGCAAAUAUGGAAAUAAAUGGAGAAUGA